AUGUCACUGGAUCGUUGGGAUGCCGUGAUGUGGGGCUCGGAGUCGGUCUCCUUGUGCUACAUUGAGGUAUCUGCGAGUCUAGAGGUCUAUGAAGGUGAUGAGUGUAUGGUAAGACGGAGGCGUUUGGCCAUCACCAUCCUCUCCGUCUCUCUGUGCUUCACCCUCUCCCUCCUCAGCUGGAAUAUCUAUGAGAAUGAGCCAAUCUUCGACCUCCCAGAUCUUCACCACCCUUUCCCGGCCAAUCUUAGCGCUCCCCCAUCUCUUCGCCGAUCGGCCACCCUCUACGACAGGAACUUCAGCUUCUUCCUGAACCUAUCGGAAUACUCCAGGAUGUACCCAGGCCUCCAGGACUACAGGUGCCGGGCCGUGAUUGGCCUGGACGACUAUUGCCAGACUCGGGAGCCGCUAAUUCUCCUGGCGGUGAAGUCCCACCCCACCGGCAGAGACAGGCGCGACUCUCUGAGAAGGACGUGGGCCAGAGGGGGAAAGUUGGGGGGUUAUCACUUGAAGCGGGUAUUUCUGGUGGCCAAUUCCGGGUUUAGGAGGCAGAUGGAGAGGCUGGUAGAGGAGGCCGCCCAGCACGAGGACAUCAUCCUCUGGGACUUCAUGGAGAGCCACCAUAACUUGUCUCUGAAAGAGCGAUGUUUCCUGGAGUGGCUGUACUACCGCUGCGCCGAUGCCACCUAUAUCUUUAAAGGUGACGAUGAUGAAUUUGUGAACCCGCAUGCCUUGGUCUCCUACAUCUCCUCCUCUCCUCGGGAAUAUCGGCUCCGUAUCCACGGCCAGCUGCAAAUCCACGCACCUCCCGAGCGCUGGGGAAAGUACGCCGUGCCCCUCUCCGUCUAUCCGCAUGGCUACUACCCUCCAUUUGUCUCCGGCGGGGGUUUCCUCCUCCCAUCGGAGUUGGUGCCGUCGCUCUAUUGGGCGGCGGCCACGAUUCCCAUUUUCCCCCUCGACGACGUCUUCUUUGGGUUCCUGGCCUUGGCAGCCAAGGUUACAUUUCACCACGAGCCGAGGUUCCGCUCCUUCGGCCUCAAGAAUGACCACGCCUGCCGCUAUGCCGAUGUCCUGGUUGCCCACGGCUUGACCCCGAAGAGACUUCUGGCCCUGUGGCAGGAAUUACCCCAUCUGAAGCCUUGCCCACCCGAGCUGUACGAGAAGGACAAGGAGGAGGAGAAGAUGAUUCACUCAUUCCUAUCCCAACCCAAGGUGGUCAUGGAGAUCCUUCGAUGUGUGCGGAGCCUCAAUUCUAGAUUCACUCAUUCCUAUCACAACCCAAGGUGGUCGUGGAGAUCCUUCGAUGUGUGCGUUGCCUCAAUUCUAGAUUCACUAAUUCCUAUCCCAAGCCAAGGUGGUCAUGGAGAUCCUUCGAUGUGUGCGGAGCAUCAAUUCUAG